AUGGUGCCUCCACCCUUCACUAAGGUCACCUCCACGAAUGCCGACAAUCCGGAGACUGCACUGCCCGAUCAUACUCUCGCUGGCUCUAAUUCUACUCCGCAAUGUCUGAAAGACUUUGGAUUCAUGCGCCGCCGCGCUAGUUGCGCCUUCAUGCAGGCCAAGCCCCUGUACAGGAGUCUAGCGAAGGAGUUACGAGGAAUGUUUCUUGGCCCGAUGCUGCUCGAGGAGUUUCUAGAUACAUGCCUGCCCUGCAGACAGGACCGUACCUGUCUCAAUACUGUCAUCAGCGUGAGCGAAGCCGACUUCAAGCUCAAGAAGCGUGCCCGUGGCGAGACCUCGGAGGACACGAUUUGUGACGCUAUCAAUAAUGCGAAGGUUCUGCGCAAUUUACAUCUCCAGAACACGUCCGACGCGACGCUCUCGAUGCUCGAUUCCCUCCCUGAGAGUGAAAGGGCUAAUCGCAAGAUCGACAACACCUUCUUGCUUCGCAAGAACGGUCUCAUACCCCCGCCGUCCUUCGAAGAGCUUCGUCUCCCCAUUGAACUCAAGCCCUUUGAAGUCGACAUCGUCGCAGACCUGGACGGGAAGUCGCCUGAAGACCGCAAGCAGCACGGCUUCGACCAUCAGACCGCAGACGCGCUUAAAGCGCGCGGUCAACUCGUGCGCUACAAACCUAAUGACUAUGCGGCUUACGCGUGA